CUCGUGUGUUAAGUUCGUGGGCAACAACGACAUCGAUCCACUAGGCUCGGACAAAUUCAAGUACACGCUGAAUUCCGACGAAGGCGUCGUCAACAUAAAGCUGAAAUUGAACGAAUCGUGCGAUGCGUACGUUAACUACGACAAUCUGGACACUAACGUGACCGUAUCCAAAGGAGAGUCAAUCUCAUAUUUUCUAACGUCCAACAGUGCAAAUAAAGAAGUAAAAUUACGACGUAUCGAUCAUUACGACGAUUUCAUAAAGCCUAAAAAUGGCCAUCCGAGUUUAAGAAUCGUAAUUGGCGAUGAUAUCGAGAAGAAUGGGUCUCUUGCGCUGGUGCACGCCAGGAAAAAUCACUUGUCGUACAACAUAUCUUCGUUUACAAACGAAAAUUUCAUACCGGUGGCUGUCGGAAACUAUUAUUUAUUACACGGAGAAGAACGGAUAUCGUCGAAUAUAAAUCUCAUGCCAGCGACGAUAUAUACACUCGUCAUAAGACGCAACGACGGCGGCAGCCACGGCAUAGAAUCAAAAUUGUACGCUACGGACGAAGGCAACUACUUGCACAUUUUAUGGCAGACACCGCAGUACGUGUGUAUGAUUGUCGCGGACGUGAUUUUUAUCGCCACGUCGAUUGAAUUUUCGUUUACCGAAGCGCCGCCCAGAAUAAAAUCGUUCAUAUCGGCCUGUUACUCGAUGACUCAGUCGAUAGGAAACCUAGUGGUCGUCGUUAUUUCGGCUUUGUCUUUUCAUAAACAAGUACAUGAAUAUCUAUUUUUCUCCGGACUCAUGCUGGCCGAUACAUUGUUAUUGGCUUAUUUGAGUUAUAAUUACAAAUACAAAGCUUUCAGACAACGGUUAAACGACAGCAAUGACGACCACGACGACGACGAUAACGUUGUGACAAGUCAAAGCGGACUUCAACUCGAUGGGAAGUGAUCAUGAAAUGCUCAAAUACAUUCUGUCUGAUUGCAUAUACGGAUUGAUCUAAUCUAAUUACAAAUUGCAUCUAUUUAUUAUUGUAAUCGUUAUCUUUUGUAAAUAUAUUAUUAUUUUUCGAUUAUAGUUCAACGAGAUAUUAAAUAAUAUAUUAUACUAACAGAAUACACAUGAUCAACACAACAAUAAAUAGCAAACGCAUUGUUAUAUUA